AUCGCUUCUUACUUGUAAACAGUUUGGAAUAGUUCAAAGCUAAAAUGCCAGCUGAAACCGAAACUGGCUCCCUGUAUUCUGCACCAGUAAGUAUAUUCAAGGCAGCUAAACGUUUCAUCAUUGUGGGGAAUCUUUUGCGCAACAUGUUUUUCCCAUUAACGUUUUUCUUGCGAGACACGCGGAACUUUUUUUAUUGCACUAGUAUGUCUUCGUUUGACAGUUUUUCGCUUCUCCUGUUUAAGGAGUUGUUUUCCAUUUAUUUGAAGAUGUAGUGUUUGCUUCUGUACGUAAGUUUCGGAUACUGAAGAAAACGAAUGGUGAUUUUCGAUUUCGAUAGAAUCGAAGCCAGCUACGUUCUUCUUCCCUGCCGGCCGCCAACGCAAAAUUAAAUGCUAGAACAGUCUGUACUUUUUUGUCCUUUGAAAAAAUUUAACUUAUAAUUCUAUUUUCUUUUAUUUGCAACCAGGUCGCCUUUGUAUAUAUUUUCAAUCUAAUCAUUGGAGUUGGAGCUUUGACAAUGCCCAAAGCUUUUGCAAGUGCUGGUUGGGUUAUUGCGGUUGUCCUCACUGGCGUUUUGUGUUUGAUGAGGUUAGUUUUCCUUAACUUGGUUUUACUUCAACAAACAUACAUGUUUGUAGGUGUAAGGUUAUUGAGAAAAUAAUAUGUUUGCUGUUAUAAUCACUCAUUUCAAUUAGUAUCUGGAGCACUAAUGCCGGUAUAAUUUUGAGCAUAAUAAUAAGAUAAGUAUAUUUAAGCUUUAAAAUCAGAUGUUGUCAAAUUAAAAUUGAAGUUUUGGAAAAAUGCACUUUCGUGUUUUUCUUUAAAAUGUACAGCUGUAAGUAAGGCUGUAUGUAGGAGUGUUUAUUUAGUAGGUGCAGGAGGGAAAAGUUCCGUAGCAGUCUGGCAUUUUUUAUUAGUAGGAACAUAAUAACUCCAGCAGAGCAUAAUUUUGAGCAUACGUAAUACCCUCUGGUUUCUUGAGUGAUCCAAAGCAACAUUAAAAUACCAGGCUACUCAAUUUUAUGAGCAAAAUCCAUAAGACCCUAAUUCCAAGAGAUAAAAUUUAUUGUGACUUUCAUGUGACACAGGGACCAAUUAGAGGGGGAGGGGCUGCCUUUACCUCUUUUUUUGCUUGGGAUGAUUUUCUUUUAGGACAAAAAUUUUACAACUUGGAUGACAAAGUAAUAUUAAGUGCAUCUACUUUUGCACAUGCACUUCCCAAAGUCAAAGUUAACCCUCCAGUUCCAAGAGUGAACAAUAUCAGUUUUCUCCAAAUAAUAUCAAUACAUAAUCAAGUAAGGUUAUUAAAUGAGAAUUUAUGAAAUGAUCACCACAGGAAAAAUACUUUAAUGUGUUAUCAAAUUAUCUCACCUAAUUCUUUACGUUGAUGUAUGGUGACUAGUGUGGAGAAUUUGUAUCUGGAUAUAUAUAUUUAGGCUUAAAGGGUUAAGGGUGGGCAAAGCUAUACAUGUACAGUGUAUGCAGUGGCAGCUUAAUUCUCACAGGCUUUCAUCUGACUUGUUUAUGAGUUAUAGUGAUGCAUACCAAUAUUGAAGAUGGCUCUGCUAUGUUUAUUGGGGUGUUAUGAAUGGCACACAAAUGCAUUAUGGCAGAACAGUGACUGCAAAUGCCUGUUUUUUGUCAACCUGAGUCUUUAGCCCUUCACCUUUUUAGUCCCAAGAACAACAUACAAAUUCUCCAUAUUCUUCUCCAUACCUUUCCUUGAAGAACUACUAAAGACGAAUUGUAGAAAGAUCGAAGCACUUUCACUUAGGUGAUCAGUUUAUUUACUCUCAUAACCUUUUUUCUUGAUCAUGUUGUGAUAUGGUUAGGAGAAAAUUGGUGUUGGUCACUCUUGGGACUUAACCACUAGGUCUCAACAAAAGUGACUAAAUAUGUCUUUCUAAAUUUAUAUAUAAAUUUCAUGUGAAUCACAUGUGAUACACCAUAUAUAGAACCUUUUCUUUAUUGUAAAAUAUUAACAUCCUGAGGCGGCUCUAAGAUAUUAAACAGCAAACAUUCCCCACCUUUUAGUCAUGGAAAAGUAACUCUCCCAGUAUUCCUAUGUGAAAAUUCCUAAGUAAUAAUCCUUUAUGCUUUAAACUUCUCAUCAGUGCUGUAGGUUGUAAACAUCUAAAAUUAGAGGCCAAAAAUCCCUCAAAUUCAGUUUUACAAAUUCAUGUUGCCAGACGUAUAGGGGUUUUCUUGCAUUUGCCUUCUUUGCACCCUAUCAUUUAAGAUGUUUCUGUAAGCAUCCAUUUGAUAUUAAAUAUAUUAUCUGCUUUUUUAAUUAGAUGUACCUAUUUCAUUCAAUUUUUUAAAGUGGCCAUUACAAUGAUUUGGUGACUGGUAGGGUUGAUUUGCUCCUCGAAAUUUUGCCAAAAAAUACCUUUGAAAGCUAGCUAUAGUGAGCCAUUUUCUGGUAACAGUAAAAAAAAAAAGAACAAAUUGCCCAAGACAACCAUUAACCAUAAGUUGAGAACUUUGAGGCCUUCUCUUGUAGAUGCUAAAUCAGUGCUAAAUAUUGGCUUCCAAAGAAAGCAAAAUCUUUUAUUUACUUUUCUUGCCAUGUUUUUUUCUUUUGUUGGGCAUGGGAAAAGUUUUGGGGAAAGGUUAGGAUUGAUUGAUUAGAUGGAAGGAGGUACACCCACGUAGUGGACCAAGAUUUUCAUUGGAAUUUUUGGGUCAUUUUUUAAUGGUUUUUCACAUUUUUCUCUAGUCUCCUUGAUGAAUCAUGCUCAUGCUGACAUGGUUUUGAUAUCUCUUCUCCCUGCACUAGUUACAGCUGUAGCUGAUGACAAAGUAAUUUGUCCUUGUGGCUGUUAAAAGCUGAUGACAUCACAAAUGGUACAUUAGGGAUGUCAAUCUGCACGCUCCCCCCAGGUGUUUAUGGGCGGUUCAGGGUUGAACUUAAUUGGUUCAAAACAUCAAGUGAAGGAAAACUGGGGUUGAAUCAGUCACUGCGUUUGAUUUUCACAGGGGAGAAGUCAAGUUUGGUUUGAAUUACAGGGAAUAAAAAAAUAGUGUUUUAGAAGUUAGGCUGAUUCUGCUGGAUUUUUGUAGGGGAAAUUACAACCAAUUUAAGGUUUUAAUUAUAUGGACUGUUGCUCAUUUUAGCUAAACUUCUGCUUUUUUUUUCCUUUUCAGUUUUAUAACAGCCACUUUUAUGAUUGAGGCAAUGGCUGCUGCUAAUGCUUUUUUAAGACUAAAAACUGAAGACAAGAGUUUAUCAGUGAGUAUCUUAUAUGUGCAAUAGUUGUUGUGUGAUUACCCACGUAAAAUGCAUACAUGACACCCUAAAGAACAACGCUUACACUGUAAGAAAAAAUUUAUGGGGGAGUUCAAACAAAUAGUGUAUUAAUAUGCAUAGCCAUGGGCAAUAUGAAAUGGCAAAUGCGUGGGCAUUAGCCGAGGGUGAAAGAGAGAGGUGGAGAGGUGAAUGGGUGAGGUGGGAAGAAGGAGGGCGGGUUUUGUAUUCAGUGGAACCUCUAUUCAGGGAACACCCUCAGGGACCAAGAGAAGUGUUCCCUGAACAGAUCAGAGGUGUCACUUGAAUGGUGGUUGAGCUGGGGUUAUUUAAUAAUAAAUAUUAACCAAAAAAUAAAGUAUUUUCUUUUAUUUUGCCUCAGAAGCUGCUGCUGUCAAGCAGCUUAUAGAUAAUGCAUGUUGUAGUUAAUAUUUUACAUGUGUAUCCCAGGAAAUUUUUAUGUUUGCUUUGUUUCAAAUUCAUUAGCAUACAUUAUCAUAGCCCAAAACAAAGGGAAAGUAAAAAUUUCCUGAGAUAAAAAAUUAACUACAACAUGUAUAAAAAAUCAUGAUUCACCUACAGCUGUACAUGUAUCUCAGCCUGUUAUGUUGUGUUAAAUUUCCACAAGUGCAGUACAUCGAUUUCAGUGAAAUAGAUCAAUUUUUCUGAAAGCUGUCGCCAUUUUGACUUACAUGUACUGAUGAACACUUUAACUUAUCAGUGAUGUUUGUGGUCACUUAUUGAGUGCUAGGGUGUCCCCUGAAUGGAGGUUAAACCCAUGUUUCAAGUCCCAGAAAAAGUGUCCCUUAAUUUCCCCUGAAAUAGAGGAUAUAUGUGUCCCUUCCAUAGAGGUAACAAAUACAAAGAUUUUGUUAACAUUUUUCCGGCGCCAAAAUUUGUGUCCCCUGAAUGGAGGUACUGUCCCUUGAAUAGUCUAGGACUAUCCCAAGGGAGAGGUUCCAGUGUAUUGCUCUUUUGAAGCAAAUUCAAAGGUGGAUCAAUACACCAUUAAUUAGCUUAAUUUUUCUGUUAUGGUUUACUCCUGUAAACCUCUUUAUGGUUGUAAAAUCUCACUUGAAGUUUUUAAUUUCUUCAUUUUAUGUGGCAGCUAGAUGUCUGCAAUGAUGCCUGUUUUGUAAAUACCUUGAUGUUUAACUGCUGGCAUUGUCUUUUUUGUAUCAUUUUGUAGAUUCCCCCACAAACUUUAUCCAACUCAGAAGAAGAUCAACCACUACUAAUCAGUAAGUCUAACUAGAUGGCGCUUUCCUGAGUUGAAUACUUUUUAUUCUUUUCACAGCUGAUUCAAUCUCUGACAUACCAGUAAGCUUUGAAGCCUACAUUUUGUUACAAGUCUUUCAGAACUUUCCAAAGCUAUUGAAUUAUUGGGUCUUUUGAAAAGUGUUCAGCCUGUGUUCAGAAGUGUUCUUGUCAUACAAAUACAUCAGUAUUAUUUAUUGUUAUUUAUUUUCUUUAAGAUAAUGUGAAUGAGGAUCAAGCUCCUGGCUUAUAUGAUAUAACAAGAAAGGUAGAGAUGGUAAGUGGAAUUAAUAUUAUUUUAGUUAUUUAUUUAUUUAUGAUUAAGGACAUUUCCUAAGGUCUGGCUAAUUGACUAAAUUGAAUGGUGUGGCUCCCAAAAGAAAAUAAUAAUUUCUUUCAAAUGAUACUACACUUGAAGCUUCCAUAAAAGGGAUACUCUGAGGAAACUGAAAAAGUGCUAGCAAUGACAAAAUUUGGAAGAUGUUUGUUAUUAUUUCAUCAUUGAUGUUAGUUGAUCACUGGCAUCAAGGAUGGAACAAAUAACGUGAUUAUCCAUUAAUGAUNAUACUACACUUGAAGCUUCCAUAAAAGGGAUACUCUGAGGAAACUGAAAAAGUGCUAGCAAUGACAAAAUUUGGAAGAUGUUUGUUAUUAUUUCAUCAUUGAUGUUAGUUGAUCACUGGCAUCAAGGAUGGAACAAAUAACGUGAUUAUCCAUUAAUGAUGUUAAAACAGCACCCUGCAGCAGCUUAAGAUUAUUAGCUGUUGUAUGUGGCAGUACAGAACUCAAGAAAAUGCAGAAAAUGUUAAAGCUGGAGGAAAGAAUAGCUGCAUUUAAUACUGACCUAAAAAUAGGAAGAAUCUGCAAAAUUUUCCGGGAUGGAUGUUACACAGUACAGUGUAUCUGCUUUUUGAGGAAUACCCGGCCUUCAGCCUAGGUGGAUACUGAACAUCUUCCUCAAUCUGUUUACCACCAAUUCUUAAUCAUGCUGUAUUCUGUGACUUCACUCAAGUCAAUGUCAUAAUAUACCUUGAUGCUUGUCUGCAGGGUCAGAUGGCUGAUCUCUUUUUCAGUAAAAGUAAGUUGUCUUCAGUUGUACCUUUUGCUGUUUUUACUCAACAAAAAUUUAUUAAACCAGGGUACAUUGUAUCACUUGUACAGAGAUACUGUCAUACUGUGGUGGGUUUGUAUAAAACAGGUGUCUGUGAGCUAGCAAAACUGCUAUAUUCCACUCUAGUAAGAAUGAGCUGUUUAAGUUUUCAGUGAAAAAAAGAUAGUUAAAUGUACACGAAAAAAGGAACGCAACUGACUAGAGGUGUUAGUGCAGAAUGCUGCAUGGGGUUUUUCUGUGAUAUUCAUUACCUAUUCCAAUGAAAAUCACAGAAAAACCCUUGCAGCAUUCUGCAUUUGCCUUGUGCAAUAACUGGAAUCAAAGGGAGAUUUGAGGCCUUAUAAUUAUUUAAAUCCUCUUUAAAAGAGCAAUAUAUUCGACUCUGAGGAAUAAGCUGUGUCAUUUGAAGAGAUCCUUGGAAUAAGGCCCUGAAUCUUCCUUUAAUUCCAGUUAUUGCACAAGGCAAAUUGGAAGAACAACUGGAUUCCAGGCAGCUUUUCAUUUGAUAGUCACAGGGUUUAUUUAAGAGCACGGCCUUGCGGGAUUUCCGCAAUUUGGAAAAAAUUUAAGUUGCUGGGUCAAAUGGGGUACAAAAAAAUAGACCCAAGGAUAAGUUAAGUACUAUUUUUUUUUUUUAAAUAAAGUAUUCGAAAACAUCACUGACUACAACACUGAUUUGACGGCCGCUCUAUAAACUUACUUUGAACUUUUAUAGCCUCUUACCGUAACAGUUGCCUUUCUUUUCUGGACUUUUCUUCUUUUGAGUCAUUAUUUCUCCAGACAAACAUCCGGGAUUCUGCAGUAUAAUUCGAGCCGAGGCUUUCUCAGUUGGCCAAAAUGUUCCAAAAUGGCUGCAAAGCGUCCGGCGAGUCCGACCCAUGUAGAAUGUCAAAGGUCUCAAAAAGCACUCAGUGUAUUUGGAUUUGGUGCCCCCUUUCUUGAAAAAGGGCCCCGUAAAAUUACAGAAGGGGGCCCAUUUGACCCUCAUUGGCCAAUUGCUAGAAUAAACCGUGCAGGCAGAACGUCUGACCUGAUGAGUUUGGAAGUCCGCGGGUCUCCUGUGGGCGAGGGCCAUAAGCGUAAUUGUGCCCAGUCUCCAUACACUUUUUCAUUUAGACUGAGACUGAGGAUGAAUCAAUAGGCCAUUUCCGAGUUUUCUGAGUUCCAAAAGCUUUCACUUUCAAAACGAGGGUAAUGGCAUGGAAAACCUUUCUUUUAAAAAUGAGAUUUAUUUGCGUGACAAUGAAAAAUCAUUUUUAUAUUAAUAGUUUCGCACUUAGCUUAGCUUUGAAACAGAGGCUUGGAGCAACUCGGAAACAGCCAACUUGACAGUAUUUAAUUGGCUUAACACAGACGGUAAUUACACUAAAUUUCAAUGAUGCAUUGAUUGUUGUUGUUGUUUUCCCAGUUGGUGUUCGCCUUUUUUACUUCUGUAUUGCUCUGUACCUUUAUGGUGACUUGGCAAUUUAUGCUGCAGCAGUUCCAAAGUCCCUCACACAAAUUGCUUGGUAAGUUUUCUGGUACGCCGUGAAGACAAUGCGCCCUUUUUACAUGUAGGAGGCAGCUUUUGGUCAUUUUGAAACAUACGCACAGGCACGUAAAACAGUGGACUGUCGGUAGGGCGCCUAAAAACGCGCGCAUGUUUACCUCGCAGAGAUUCGAAGCCCGCCUUAGUGCCCGUGUACAAAGUGUCGAAUUUGUAAUCAGCCGUGUACUACUUCUGUUUUGCAGUGGAUCGCUAUCUGGAAAUGAAACGUCUUUCUCUGCCUCUAAACCCUGUUGGAAUUCUGUUACCGAAAUGAAUGUUUAUCGAGUAUUCUUAGUAAGUAACCUUAUGGUUUUUUCUUUUGUUUUGUUUAAGGCCAUCCCCCUUUCUUUCUUUUAUUGUCGAAUGCGUUUCCUGAUUUUGGGUCGGUCGGUCGGAUGAAAAAAUAAGUAAAAAAAAUCACAAGAAGUCUGAGAAUAGGAUGCCUGAAACCCCAGAAUCAUGGACCAUUCCAUUUAAUAGCCACCCCCCCCCCCCUCCCCACCCCGUGGAUAAAGUGAGUUGACUUUUACCCACCCUAAGAAAACAAGAUCAAAAGUAACGACACAGCAGCCCCCCUUUAGAAAUACAAAACAAAUAAAAAGGGAUUUUUUUCUCAUACCCCUCAGAAAUUUUCUAGAGAUCAAAGGGUGCCGAGACAGCCACCCCUUUGGAAAUAACUUUCAAAUACCCCCUCGGAAAAUCUCAUCCAUAGGGGAGGGGGGAGGCGAAUAUUAAAUGAAAUGGCCCCAUUGCCAUGGAGACUGAAAACAACAAGGCAUGGUCACCAAAUCGACACAAACUCACUAUGGCGGAAAAUUAUGAUGGUCGAUGUCAUAGUAAAAGCAAAACGGAUACACCACCGAAACUUCUAUGCGUGAAAAGGUCAUUACAAUGCUCAUUUUCAGAUUAAAAGAAUUAGUUCAAGUCAAAAAAGGUUCAACUACGUCGUCCUUUUUUUUGGAAAUGGCUAAAAUUUGGGUUGGUUAGACUGAGAAAAGAAUAGGGGAUGGCCUAACACAAAUGGCUUGUGUAUGCCCAUUUUCAUUUUUCAGUGGCUGUGUGAUUUUUAUCUUGCCUUCAGAUUUACAUCGUUCAAUGAAAUUGAAAAAUAUGAUUUCCCACCAUCUUUCGAACACCUUACGUCUAGGUGAAAACCGAUAGUUUUGGUUCUGAGAAGUUACAGCUAAAAUUUCCGAAAAAAAUAGAUUCUUUGCUGAUUACGGUCAUUCAGAAAUGAAGCUGAUACACUUUAUCGCGUAUCACUAAAGGAAAUAGUUGGCUUGAGUAGUUUCUCUAACUUUACCUUCUCUGUAAUCUUUGUAAAACGUGUCGCCUUCGUUUGCAACCAAGUCGUGCUACUGCCGUGCUACGCGGCAGUAGCUCGGCUUGGUUUUAAACGUCGUGCUACUGCCGUGCCGAACUCAAUUCAUAAAUUUUGAAUACAUUAGAAUACAUUUAAUAGUUUGUUAAAUCGUUUCCUUAUUUUUGUGUUUUGUUUCCGGCAAUAGCCGUUCUAUUCCACUGAAUUAAAUUCGACGUCUGAAGCCAAGUCGUGCUAGUGUCGUGCUGCAGUCGAGCCAGCUUAGCACGGUAGUAAGCACGACGUUUGAAACAGGCCUUACUUUGUUGUUGUUGUUGUUGUUGUUGUUGUUGUACUAACUUGGGGUGCUCACCAUUAACGCAAACAACCCAAGAGGAAAUCUUGUGCAUAAAACUAAAAAAAUUGACGUGGUAGGAGAACGACCCAUUACAAAGUAUAUCCAAAACUGCUAAACAAACUGAAAAGUGAAGAAAAAUUGCAUCGCCUCAAAAUACAGCCCAAAUAUACUGUAGAAGCCUAACCCUUAUCUUUUGUUCUUUACAGGCGAUUUUUGCGGUCACGUUAGGACCAUUUACCUUCUUCAAUGUUCAAAAGACAAAAUACCUGCAGAUUUUUACUUCCUUUAUGAGAUGGAUGGGUAAGUAACACUCGGUCAAUUGUAAUCCUAGUAAUGAGUGUACAUAGUAUUUUUUAAGUUUCUUUUUAAGUUUCUUUUCGCGCGGGUCACUAUAAAGACUUGACAGAAUCCAGCGGAAACCGCGCUAGAAAAGUCUCUGGCACCCAGGGUAAUGGGUGGGCAAAACUGGAGAAGAUUAAAGCGGAUUACAUUCGGGUAAACUUGAAAAAAUAUCGGGCCGGGUGGCGUUUUCACCGUCCUUUUAAUUUGCGCGAAAAAUUGAUGUAUAAUUCUUUGAAAACAUUUUUUUUUUUUUUUGUGGGUGCUAUUUUGACAAUAAUAGCCCUUUGUUUUCCCUAUGGCCAAUUUGCACUAUGACGUCUUUUUACUUCAUUUCGUUCUUUCUUUCAUGUUUAAAUUUGGUAAUCCCAGUGAGGUUUAAAUAAGAAAAGCCUUAAUUAUCACUUAGCGGUAGCCGUUAGACAGAAUGUAUGAGAACCGCUCAAAUUGGGCCUGAUCUCAGGUUAGAAAGCAGUACCCUGAAGGAUUCGGCUGGUAAUAGCCUAUUUUGUAGUUAAGCUAACCAAGGCCUUGCUCUUUUAAUUGUGACUCCGCCUUAGCAAAAUCAUAGCUGAUCAACAUCUUUUCAUUUCCACAGCCUUUAUCAUGAUGAUUGUCCUUGCUAUUAUGAGGAUCGUCAAAUACAAACCCCGGCACAACACACCAGCCGCUGACUUCUCGGGGCUUCCUAAUCUGUUUGGUGUCUGUGUGUAUUCGUACAUGUGCCAGCACUCCAUUCCUUCCCUGAUAACACCAUUGAAAAACAAGUCACGCAUCACACAGCUAUUUUUCGCCGACUUCGCUAUUGUCUUGGUUUUUUACUCUCUUUUAUCAUUCACGGCUAUCUUUGCUUUCCGAGUGGAAGAACUUAAAGAUCUCUACACGUUGAACUUCUGGGGAAAUAGUGGAAAAUUCGCAGGAUACUUUCUCGCGCUCUUUCCCGUCUUCACUCUGAGCACAAAUUUUCCAAUUAUCUCCAUAACUCUCCGCGACAAUUUAAAGAAUCUCUUCUAUCGCGAGGGAAGCCCAUACCCCUGGGUGGUGGACCGGAUCGUAUUCCCCCUUGUUACAAUUACCCUACCGAUUGCAGUGGCGUUCAUCACCCAGAACUUGGAAAUUCUCGUAGGGGUUACGGGUUCAUACGCCGGGGCGGGGGUUCAAUAUGUAAUCCCUGCCUGUCUAGCUUACUUUGGGAGGAAAAAGAUAAUAGAGCUAACGGGUUACUAUGACAACAAGCACACGUCACCAUUUGGAAGUCGUUGGUGGAUCAUGUUCGUGAUUGGAUGGGCGGUUGUCUGCAUAGCCUUUGUGACGGCAAAUCAUAUAAUUACAAGAAAAUAAUGAUCAUAUGAAUGAAUAAGAAUAUUAAUUAGCC